GAAAUAUAUUUCUAAAUUGUGAAAUUCAGUUUUUCUUCAUAACACAUCCCCUAUGGAUCCCUUCAAAUUCCUCAAAAUCACUCCAAACCCAGACGGAUCCAUCACCCGACUCUCUCCACUCCCAACAGCUCCAACAACAGAAGACGCAGCCGCUGAUUCUGACCCUUCAGCCCAACUCGCCCUCUCCAAAGACAUCCUUCUAAAUCCGAACCACAAAACCUUUCUUCGCAUAUUCAGACCCCGAACUCCUCCUCCCAACACUAAGCUUCCUCUCAUCAUUUACUUUCACGGAGGCGGAUUUGUCUUAUUCAGUGCUACGUCUCGCCCUUUUCAUGAUUCGUGCUGCUCCAUCGCAGCUCGUGUUCCGGCUUUAGUCCUGUCCGUUGAAUACCGUCUUGCACCGGAGCAUCGCCUUCCUGCAGCAUAUGAUGAUGCCAUGGAGUCGAUCAUGUGGGUCCAGAAGCAAGCGAUGGACAUCAACAGCUGUGAUCCAUGGUUAAGUGAUUACGCUGAUUUUUCAAGGUGUUUUUUGAUGGGAAGCAGUGCGGGCGGCAACAUCGUUUAUAACGCAGCUCUACGUUCACUGGACGUUGAUCUUUCACCUCUGAAAAUCGAGGGGCUGAUAAUUAAUCAGCCACUCUUCGGCGGCGUCGAGAGAACGGAAUCGGAAAUCAGAUUGAUGAACGAUCGCAUUUUGCCCUUACCCGCCAACGAUCUGAUAUGGGAGUUUGCAUUGCCAAAGGAUACGGAUCGUGAACACGAGUACUGCAACUUGACGGUGAGUGGGACCACCCACAGUGCCGAUAUCGGACGGCUGCAAAGGUGUUUGGUGUGCGGACAUGACGACGACCCACUAGUUGAUAGGCAGAGAGAGUUUAUGAAGAUGUUGGAGGCGCGUGGGGUGAACGUGGUCGGACGGUUUGACGACGGUUGCCAUGGUGUGGAGCUGUUUGAUCCAUCGAAAGCACAAACUUUUUAUGAUAAUGUCAAGGCAUUUGUCCAUGCUCCCCGUGAAAGUGUUAAUGUUGCUGGCGCUACAUCUAACAUUUGAACUUCAGACUUGGGAAAAUGAAAUAAAAUAAACAUGAUCAUUACCUUGACCCUAGUAUAAAAACAGAAACAGUACCGAAGUGAUUUGAAGAAGCCAUUUAUUAGAAAAUAAUAUAGUUAUAAUGUUAUU